UAAUAAAAUUGUACGUACCGAUUGUUUGUUUGCCCUAUUUUUAUUGCGGUAUUAUUGAGUAAUUUAUUCUUCUGAGUAGCAUAGUGUGAGUUUAUACUUUAAACAAAAUGGCAGAAGUGCCAGUAAAAAACGUAGACAACGCUUGCGAAACAGCUGAGGAAUUUACUCGAGUGUUCUACAAACAAGUGGAUAACAGCCGUCAUCUAACCUCAAAAUUGUAUCUUGACACGGGCCUUUUGGUGUGGAAUGGCAAUGGAAUUAACGGUAGCGACAAGAUACAGAAAUUCCUCAUGGAUUUACCGGCGAGUACGCACAUACUGAAGACCCUAGACGCUCAACCCAUAGCAGAAAAUAUAGUGUCGAAUAAGUUGACCUACCUUAUCCAAGCCUGUGGAGAUGUCACAUAUCAAAAUGAUGACGCCAAAAAACCGUUUCAGCAAACAUUCCUUAUCGUUGCCGUGGAUGGGAAAUGGAAGAUAGCAUCAGAUUGCUUCAGGCUCCAAAUUCCUUAAUCAGUUAAUGGACAUAAAAAUAGAUAGAUAUUGUUGGACAUAACAUAUUUAUAAGACUGUACAGUGUGAUGUUUUUCCUUGACUUUCAAAUAUUGUAUUGUUAUUAAGAAUUUUAUUUAUUUUAUUCUGUUGCCCAUUUAUGAAUGCAAUUUCAGAACAGAAACUGUAAGGAAUACAAACAUGCAAUACUGUGAAAGACGAGAACAACAAUAAUCUUAUCUACAGAUACAUAUUGUUUAUUGUGACUUAAAUCUAAUCAUGCCAUUAUUCCAAUGGAUUUAUUUCAAGUCUAAUGUCUAAUAAUUUAGAUCCAUUUAUCUUUUGAAUCAACACAUUCACAUUCUUAUUUACAAAUACAAAUGCAGGUAU